AUGUAUUUAAGUCCGCAUUUGAUUAAGGCAGCACAAUCGGGGGGAGAGGCAGGGAACUUCAAGAACCCCCGCUUGGUGACAGUGCCCUCCGAAUUUUGCUCAGACUCCGUCUCCCUUCGACACUGCCCGUCUCCCCAAAAGCAAUCUCUCUAGCUCAAGCUAAAGUAGUCGGAUCACGCAGACCGAUUCCAUUUAUCAAACGUAGAAACCUUCGAUAAAUGGAGCCUCCCGAUAUU